ACAUUGCACCCAGGCAGCUUUACCAGUAAGUAGGUCCAGCAGAGAGCCUGAAGACGAUAACCCUAAACCUCGUCCUGACUCCACAGAGACAGAAAGAGUAAACAACUUCCUUCCUCUUCAAGAAAAUUCAUGAUUAAAAUUUUUCUCAAUCAAAAGGAAAUCCCUCAAUCCCUAAUUUUCUCAUCUUCACUCUUUCUUUCUUCCCCCAAUCCCUAAUUUCAUUUUCCUCGAAUGAUAGAGUUUCUAAAAUCAAUACAGAUGAAUCCCUGGUGGUAGCUGUUUAAAUUAGGGUUUACAAAUGAGAAGAUUUCGUUUAUUAGGGUCUAUAUCCAAUAUUAGAAAGUUUCAUCGGCAUAAAACUGCAUUUUCGUUGGUAAAAGAUGAGUUUCUUCACCAGGAGGAUGGUGGAUUGAGGGGAAAUUUUCAAAGUUUACAUAGUUGGUGCCGUGGUGUUAAUGGAUUCGAUGUUAGAUUAUUAAACACAGGAGGUUUCCUGAACAACCGGUAUUUUCACGCAACAGGAUUGCGUCAGCGAGAUUUCUAUGAAGUUCUUGGUGUCCCAAAGGAUGCUAACCGAGAUGAUAUCAAAAAGGCAUUCCAGGCGCUUGCCAAAAAAUAUCAUCCAGAUGCGAAUACGAAUAAUCCUGCUGCAAAGAGGAAAUUCCAAGAGAUAAAUGAAGCCUAUGAGACUCUAAGAGAUACUCAAAAGAGAGCUCAGUAUGAUAUGGAAAACACCAGCAGUGCUGGCCAAGGAAAUUACUAUGGUAGAAAUCCACAGGGUUACUCUACUAGAACUGAGGGUGGUUUCAGUGGUUUUCAUGAAGAGCAUUUCUCUAAUUCUUUCCGUAAUAUAUUUUCCGAGAUCUUUGAAGAAGUAGAUGACUUUGCUCCAGAGAUACAGGUGGAGCUGAACCUCUCCUUUGCUGAAGCUGCGCAAGGCUGUCAGAAGAAGCUGAACUUUAAUGCUCGUGUUCCUUGCGGUUCUUGCAAUGGACUUGGUCAUCCAGCUUAUGCAAAGAUGAAAGUAUGCCCAACUUGUGGAGGCAUUGGAAGAGUUACAAUUCCUCCUUUCACAUCAACAUGCAGUGCUUGCAAAGGACAGGGCCGAGUUGUUAAGGAAAUUUGUGCUGCUUGUAGAGGAGGCGGUGUUGUUGAAGGUGUGAAGGAGGUCACUGUUAUAAUCCCGGCUGGCGUCGAGUCUGGGGAUACAAUCAGUGUAAAAAAUGCUGGUAAUAGUGGAGGACGGGGAGUUCAACCUGGAAAUUUAUACAUAAAAUUAAAUGUUGCGAAAGAUUCUAUUUUCCGGAGAGAUGGUGCAGACAUACAUGUUGAUGCUAAUAUUAGCUUUACACAAGCCAUUAUUGGUGGUAAAGUUCAUGUUCCAACAUUGUCCGGCAAGGUGCAAAUAAAAAUACCAAAGGGAGUUCAGCCAGGACAUACUGUAGUACUGAGAAGCAAAGGUUUGCCAACGCAUGGUGGUUAUAUACAAGAUUUUGGUGAUCAGUAUGUGCAUUUCUGCGUCAAAUUCCCAACUUCGUUAAAUGAACGCCAGCGUGCACUAAUGGAAGAAUUUGCUAAGGAGGAGUGUAUGCGUGGAAAUAGUGCUCCUGAACCUGAAGGGGAAAACUGGCUUUAUCAGACGCUCUCUACUGGUUGAACUUACAGGUUAAAGCCAGUUGUUGACAUUGUGACAGGUCCGAACUUCGUGCGUAAUUUCAGUAUCUUUUUACUCUUCCUGCUUUUGCUGAGCAAAGCCACAAGCUGAAGUCUGACAGGUGCUCGGCCAUCUGAUGUAUGAGGCUAAACGAGUCAUCCAUACUUCUCCCACCAUGGUCCAUGGGGUAUUUCUUGAAAUUCGUUAUUUUUGUCCCGAUAAUUGGAGAUACAUAGAAAUGUAGUUUCUUACGCAAUGCCUAGAGAAAAAUUCAAUUGUUUGUUCAUAAUUGCCUCUGUGAAUUCUUUACAGAAAGAAUUGUUUUUGCUAGUGGUUAUGUCAAGUAUUACCAAUUUGAACGAUGUACAGAAAAAGUGGUUCACCCCAAUUACAUCAAUAAAUUUGCACUUUCUCACUUAGCA